UACAACAUGAAGGAAAAUAUAUCAACAUCUUGAUUACGACAACGCACGCUAUGACACUCCGCCUAAACUCCUCGCCGUCUCAAAAGGUCACACUUCUGGUUCUAGGCGCGGGAUGGACAUGGCAGUUCCUACAGCCGUUGCUGAAGGACUCAAACAUGACAUUUGCAGCCACCAGCACGACAGGACGCGAAGGCACCAUUCGAUUCAAAUUCGACCAUGAAACGGCAGACCCGGACCAGUUCAAGAAGUUACCCACUGCAAGAUACGUGCUCGUCACCUUUCCCCUGAGGGGUUCAGGAUUGUCGUCCAAGUUGGUCAAGUUGUACUCUGAAACUCACCAUCCACAAUCAAACUCGUCAAAGUCGGAGGAGGAAGAGAAGGAGCGGCACACCCAGACGAAAUGGAUCCUGCUGGGUUCGACGGGCAUAUAUACACAAUCAGACUGGAACGAUCCAUCGUCGCCCGUCGAUACAGACAACCAACGUUGCAUUGCCGAAAAUCAGCUCAUCGAUCUCGGUGGGUGUGUGCUGAAUCUAUCUGGAUUGUACGGCGGUGGUAGGGUUCCGAGAAACUGGGUCGGCAGAGUCGCACAGGACAAGGACGCGCUUUCCAAGAAGGGUGCCUUGCACUUGAUUCACGGCAGGGACGUCGCGAGGGGGGUCAUCGCUCUGAUCAAGAAGGAUAUGAACGACAAAUCGAACGACGACGACGCCGUUGACCAGCGUGACCGUCAUGUGGAGCUGUUUGGCCGAAGAUGGAUCCUGACAGACUGCGUCGUCUACGACUGGUGGGCUUUGAUAUGGGAGUUUAUGGGAGAAAGUAGUCGCGAAGACACACCGCAGGGCGUCGUUGUUGAGGAUGCGGACAACAAAGCAAAGUACAGACGGUGGCUGAUGGAGUUGAUGGACGAGAAGGAGCUACAUGCUUUGCCUAGACCGGUCUCACAGUUGGGCAAGAAGCUGGAUUCAAGGGACUUUUGGAAGGCUGUUGGCAUUCUCCCGGAGAGAGCACUUGCGAGAUGAGUGUGUAAAGGAGAUAAACCUGUCAAUUCUCAUGAUAUGUACUAUCGGCUCAUAUACCCAGUCACUGAGAUGGCAGCUCGUAUUGUAUUGCGAUCAAAAGG